AUCUUUAACAGAGAAAGUUUGCCGUUACUUCUCACGUAGUAUACUGCAGAUAGCAACCUAUUAGCAAGUCUCUUGUUCUCGAAAGAAGAUUUUAAAAGAUCAAAAUGGCGGAACCGCUGAGACCAAAGGGCUAUGGGAUGACUGCAGCAAUAAAAAACAAGAUUGCAGGGAAGUACGAUCCAAAAUUAGAAGAGGAUUCAAUACAAUGGAUUGAAGCGAUCCUUGGCGAGGGUACAAUGCAAGGGGCAAAAGGUGCUGAUGCAGUGCAAAAAGUUUUAAAAGACGGCAGCAUUUUAUGCAAACUUAUCAACGUACUCCAACCAGGAAGCGUCAAAAAGAUUAAUACUGGCACCCAACCAAUGAUUCUGAUGGAAAACACUGGAAAAUUCCUGCAAGGAUGUGAAAAAUAUGGAGUGAAAAAGGCAGAUCUGUUUCAGUCUGUUGACUUAUUUGAGAACCAAAACAUGGAUGCAGUAAUCAAAGGGAUAGUGGCUUUAGGGAGAAUGGCACAAAUAAAAGGAUUUGAUGGACCAACACUUGGACCAAAACAAGCAGAAGGGGAAAAGCGAGAGUGGUCAGAAGAGCAGCUGAAAGCAGGCCAGGGAAUAAUUGGGUUACAAAUGGGAACCAACAAAGGUGCAUCACAAGCUGGAAUGACCAUGGGUAAAAGCAGAGCUAUCAUCGACUAGGGAAGAAAUUUCACAUGAACAAUUCGGAAAAUAUAAAUUUUGGAAGUACAAAAUGUACCACGUUCGAGCAGUGUAACAAUUCUCUUCUAUUUAAUUUUGGAUAACAUGUAGACUUUUUAUACUGGU